AUGUCCGAAGAACUGCCUAUAUCAUGUCUAUCAUGCCGAAGGAAAAAAAUCAAAUGUAAUAAGAAGAAGCCUUGCAAUCAAUGUUUGAGAAGAAAUCUUCCAUGUGAAUUUCCUGCGACAUUUAGAAACAUAAAAAUUAAUGAUCAAGUUUCAUCACCAGGAGUUUUUACAUCUUCUUCAAGCUCACAAGAAAGGCUAUUCCCUCCACAAUUAAAUGUACCUCCUGUUCCAAGUUCAUCACAGUUGAAGAAUGACAACCAAAUUACAGCUAUAUUUCCUCAGAUGUCAAACCAAGAAAGAUCUCAAACACUUGGAAACAAUGAAGAAAUCGAAUCAUCAUAUCUUACACUAAGAAAUGAAUUAGAGUUUUUAAAAAAUGAGAACAUCCAGUUGUUGCAAGAUAACAUCAAAUUGAAUCAACAGCUUUCAAGAUUUAUUAGCACGCUGCUGAAUGAUACCCCUUUGCAAACUUCAGGUUUAGCAGCAACCAACUUAAGUGGUAACCCUGAAGCAAUUCCAAUUGCGGGUGAAACUAGUGAAGAAGGGCCAAAAUAUUAUGGACCUCAAUCUACACCAUUCAUGAUAGAGGCAUUGAAACAAAGUGAGAAUCCAGUAAUUGUUGAUAACAUUAACAGAACUAAAGCUAUCAUUUCAAAGGAAGCACAAAAUCCAUCAUCUUCAAAACAUAGUUUAUAUACACUGAAUCCCACUCCAAUACCGAAUUCAGUUGAAUCUAAAAGACAAAAAAUAAUUACUAUGAAUAUAACUGAUCAAGAAUUCACAAUAGAAAAUACAUCAUCUUCCUUUGAUUCAAAAUCCAUGGAAUGGGAAAGACAAAACGAUGAUACAAUUUCUCAGGGAUCUCCUAAACAGCAUUCAAACAUGGUAGAGAAAAGUUUAGCAAAGAAAUUAUUACCUACAUUGGCUUAUACUCUACUUAAGUAUGAUGAUCCUGAUUUAAGUUCUGAUUCUGAAACAUUUCAAGACCUUCAAAAAUUGAAUUUUGAAAUAAUUACUGACUUGGUUAAUCUCUUUUUCGAAUUUAACUACUACUAUUCAUCAUUUAUUUCAAAGCAAAAGGUACUUGAUUUUUUAAACAGCUACAAUGACAUCAAGGAUAAAGAAUGGGAGAAUGAUGAUGAUUUGCUUGUACUCUAUAUGAUUUUAAUUUUGAUCAUCCAAAAAUUGACUCCCAAAGAUUUUAUUGAGUUGGAUUUACUACCAUUGAGUUCAAUUCAUCUCUUUAGAAAAUAUCAACAUUAUCUAUCAAACAAUGUUUUGUUGCACAAUUUCCAAAAGUUAAGACACAACUUGAUCAAUGAAUCUUUACUCACUAUUCAAGCAUACAUUCUUUGUACAGAAUAUCAUUUUCUUGAACAGAAGUAUGAAGAAUGUUGGUCAAUGAUGUUCCAUACUUGUUCUAUAGCUUACUCAAUUGGUUUACAUGUUAUGGGUCAAUUUAGAGGAGGAAAUGCUUCUCAAGGAAACAUAUCUUUAGUCGGUGGAAGUAGUAGUCUGUCGGAUAGUAAUGAAAAGGGAUCAAAAGAAGAAUCAAUAAGUGAUGAAAAUAAUGAAGGUGAUGAUGAUUUGACUAGAUACAAGGUUUGGUUUGCACUUAAGAAUUUAACUGGUCAAGUUUGUUCUAUUCUUGGAAGACCAAAUCCAAUCUCGAUCCACAUCAAUUAUGCUGAUUCUGUGCUAAUAAAAAAGUCUUCGCCAAGUUUACAAGCAUUACAAAUUGAGAAAGAGAAAACUCAUAUUUUAUUGAAAACAGGUCUAAGUGAAUGUUUGAGAUUAUCCAACUUAAUGUUGAUCGAAAGUUUUAUGACUAAAUUCUCUGUUGAAGAUUUGUUAAAGCUAGACUCAACUUUUGAUCGGGAGAUUAAAUUGCUAGAAAAGGCUAAAAAAAGUAUCAAGGUAAGAAAAACUACCAUGGAAUUUGAUAUUGUAACUGGUAUUCAGAAAGACUAUGAUGAAGAAAAUCUUUUAAUGGAUCUAAUUGUUAUUCAUAUUAAUAGAUCCAAGCUAUUUGAACCUUUUAUUAACAAAUUUGAGAGUUUAACAGAAUACGAAAUGAUUGUAAAACAUUUAGUGGAUUCUAUCACUAAGAGUUUAAAUUUUUUAAUUACAUUUAUUCAAAAGUUUUUGAAAUUGUUUGGAGAGAGACGAUAUAAUUCACAACAUGAACGGUCGAGAAAUAAAACUUAUAAAUCAAACCAGCCUCCUAAAAGCUCAGAUGAAGAUUUAAACAAUCUUGUGAAGGUAGGAAAGAUUUUUAGAGUUUACUUUCCCUUUCUAAACCUGUUUGUUUACCAAAUUGUUAUUGUGAUUUUCACAUUUUUACAUUAUAAGUUUAAAGAUUUUGUUAAUAGAAAGCCAAGCUCAGUCUCCAAUAACAAACUACUUAAGAAAUUUCAAGAAAGGUUGAGCACUUUGCUUCAGUUUGAUGAAACUAUCGAGAAGAUGUUUACAACAAAAUCGAAAUUAUGGCUUGAAAAGAUUUCAUAUAUUUUGAAGAGAGUCUUAAGAUACAUCGAAGUAAUUUAUAAAAAGCAAGAUGAAAGAAAAAGGGAAGUAUUGGAAGAGAAGAAGAGUAGAAGGAAGCAAAAGCCCAAUAUGUCUCAUGAAUAUACACAAUCCUCACAAUUUGAUACUGGGUAUCAACAGAAUGUCGAGCAUCCAAUGGCAGCACCAAUUCCAAGCAAUGCUACCAAUUCUAUUGACUUGAACAACCAACUCGAAAAUCCUGACCUUGAUUAUCUCUAUGGAUUUCAAUUUAAUGGUCCCUUCUGGUUAACAAAUCCCGAAAAUUUACCUUUUUAUCUUAGUUCUCCCAGCGAUGACGAUCUUCAAAAUGCUCCAUCUACUUCCUUCAAAGUUGGUUCAGCAUCCUCUACCAACGCGACUAAUACAGGAACUUCAAGUACAAUUCCUACCAGUUCAACUAUUGGAGAAGAAGAAAACUUGAGAAAGCUGAUGAGUCAUAGUGCAAAUAUCACAAUGCAGAGUAUACCUGUCUCUCAACCAAAUGUUCAAUAUAAUAUGUCAGACUUAAAUUCUCAACAAGUUGGAAACUAUGCACAAAAUUGGAAUCCAAAGCAACUUCCAAAUUAUCUGCAACAAACACAUCAACAGCAGCUGCAAGUAUCACAAGAGCAGCAGCAAAUGCAAUUACAGCAACAAUUACAACAUACAGACCAUUCACAACAACAACAACAACAGAAUCCUUUCAUUUAUGGUCCAUCAGACUUCCAGAUUCUGCAACAAUUACAAUAUUCUAAUAAUGCCGGCUUAGGAAUACCAAACGAUAUCAAUCAGACUUCCCAACAGCAACAAGAUGGUCAGCCAUCACAACAAAAUGUUCAGCAAGAUGAUUCUACAGCACCAUCUCAGCAGUAA